GCCGCCGAGAGCCCGGGCCAUGGCGCGGGUGCUGGUGGUGGGCGCCGGGCUGACGGGAAGCUUGUGCGCAGCGCUCCUGAGGAAGGUGACGGCCGGUCCUUUACACCUCACCGUGUGGGACAAGGCUGGGGACUCAGGGGGAAGAAUGACCACGGCCAGCAGCCCUCACAAUCCACAGAGCACAGUGGACCUGGGUGCCCAGUACAUCACGUGCACUCUUCCCUAUGCCAAAAAGCACCAAAGUUUUUAUGAUGAACUAUUAACUCAUGGCAUUUUGAAGCCUCUGACCUCGCCUAUUGAAGGAAUGGUGAUGAAAGAAGGAGACUGUAACUUUGUGGCACCUCAAGGAGUUUCUUCAAUUAUUAAGCAUUACUUGAAAGAAUCAGGUGCUGAUAUCUGUUUCAGAAAAUGUGUGACCCAGAUCAACCUGAGAAAUGCCAAGUGGGAAGUCUCCAAGGAAACGGGCUCCCCUGAGCAGUUUGAUAUUGUUGUUCUCACCAUGCCAGUUCCCCAGAUUCUGCAGCUUCAAGGUGACAUCGUGGACUUAAUUAGCAAAUGCCAAAGGCAGCAACUGGAGUCUGUGAGCUACUCCUCUCGCUACGCUCUGGGCCUCUUUUAUGAAGCUGGCACGAAGAUUGAUGUCCCUUGGGCCGGGCAGUACAUCACCAGUAAUCCCUGCAUACGCUUCAUCUCCAUGGAUAAUAAGAAACGCAAUAUAGCGUCAUCAGAGAUGGGGCCUUCCCUCGUGAUUCACACCACUGUCCCCUUUGGAGUUGCACACUUGGAACACAGCACUAAGGAUGUGCAGGAGUUAAUCGUCCAGCAGCUGGAGAACAUUUUGCCAGGUUUGCCUCAGCCAGUGGCUACCAAAUGCCAGAAAUGGAGAUAUUCACAGGUUACAAAUGCUGCUGCCAACUCUCCUGGCCAAAUGACUCUUCAUCUGAAACCACUCCUUGUGUGUGGAGGGGAUGGAUUCACUCAUUCGAAUUUCGAUGGCUGCAUCGCUUCUGCCCUGUGUGUUCUGGAGGCUUUAAAGAAUCAUAUUUAGU